CACGAGAGUAACCGGGAAGUUUUGGGGUGAUUACGUUCUUGGUGAAUCGUGAAAUAGGUACUGGGCAGUAGCUGAUGAACACAUGGAUGCACGUAAGUAUAAAGUAUUCAGAGCAGAGUAUUUUUUAUAGGGAGACAUCUUUAAAAUCUAGUAGGCAUACAUGUUUGUUUCUGAAAAAAAAAAUACACAAGAUGAAAAACAUAGAAAGGCUUAUAGAGUAUAGAUGGAAGUAUAUACAACUGAAUAGCAGCGUAUUUCCGUCAUUGACGCGGCGAGGGGCUAUAUCUGCAAGAGAGUUACAAAGUGCAACCUACAUACACAGUGUUGUAUUCUCUCUGCCCGGAUAUCAACCAUCAUGCUUAAUUAUGGUUUGUAUGGACAAGGUUUUCGGCAUUAUGGCAGCCCGUCCUGGAGCCUUUGCUUCAGCCAGCACACUCAUGUCAUGCCACAAUUGCCUCGUUUCCGUCGUCCAAAGUACGAACAAACAAAUGAGAAUACGCAUGAACUCACAUUUAGACUCUGAUAUGUUUAUUUGUUUGUUUGUUUGCUUGCUUGCGGCUGAAUCCAGCCUAUCUGCCCGGGCAGCACGGUACAAGGAUGGGACUAGUAGGCACUCAAACCUGAUUCUAACUUUAAACAUGGAGUACUAUUGCAACGCACAGACAGACAGGAGUAAGGCUGAGUUUGGCGUUAGACUCUAGAUCCCAUGUAUGUGGAGCGGCCGGGGAGGAUUUCAGGCCUGGAUUUUCGUGGGCUGUUAAAGCUUGUGCUGCACGCGUAUCAGUA